CAGUCGCUUCAAGUGCAAACAAAAUUAACUUUCGUAUAAAUAUUCCAUGCCAAGCUGAGAUAGGUAUCAGUCUCGUAACAGCACUCAACCAAUAGGUCAGUUAGUCAGCCUGGUGCAGCAAGCCAUUCAAACAGGAGAUCCAACAUGUUUAAGUUCAUUGCUCUGGUUGCCUGUUUGGCAGUUGUCGUGUUGGCAACCGAAGAUUACCACUCUCAUCCCAAGUACAAGUUUGAGUACGGUGUUAAGGAUGCCCACACUGGUGAUAACAAGGAACAGUGGGAACAUCGCGACGGAGAUGCUGUGGAGGGAUCGUACUCCCUUCAUGAGCCCGACGGCACACACCGAGUGGUGAACUACAAAUCGGACAAACAUGCUGGAUUCCAGGCUCAUGUGCAGCGUGCUGGACAUGCUCAGCAUCCGGCCAUCUACGGUGAACAUCUUGAGGAACACGGCCACGGAGGCGAAAGCUACGCCAACAUUGAUCAACAUCACUAAGUAAAGACUGUGAUAGAAAGAAUGCUGUCGGUGCUUUUGUUAGUAGCGUGGGCAGUAGAAUUAUGAUUGUUUUACGAAAUAUGAACGAUUCGCUGCUCGCAUUGACUGUGUAAUAAAGACUUGUUAUGUUAAAUGAA